AUGUCGGAUCACGGUAGCGAUAGAGAUAGGGAUCGACAUGACCGACAUGACAGAGAGCGUGAGCGUGACAGAGAUCGCGAAAGAGAAAGAGACAGAGACAGAGAACGCGAUAGAGAGCGUGAAAGAGACAGAGAGAGAGAACGUGACAGAGACAGACACGACAGAGAGCGCGAGCGUGAAAAAGAGCGUGAGCGUGAACGUGAGCGAGAACGUGAGAGACACGAGCGAGACAGACACGACAAAGAAAGCAGACAUCACGACAAAGAAAGAGAUCGUCAUGACAAAGACGGCAGACAUCACGACAAGUACGAUAAAUACUCAACCAGUGCUCCCAUCACCGAAAAGAAGUCAAAGAAGUAUCCAAGUAUAGCCGAUCAAUACGAACUGAAAGAGACCAUCGGAAAGGGUGGUAGUGGUUCCGUUUACCGCGCAAUAUGUCUCGCCAACAAAGAUAUAGUAGCUAUUAAAAUUAUAGAUUUAGAACAUUGCAAAAAUAUAUCAUUAGAUGAAUUAAGAAAAGAGAUUCAAGCAAUGAGUUUGUGUCAUCAUCCAAAUGUGGUUGCUUAUCAUACUAGUUUCGUACAUAAUGAAUCGCUUUGGGUGGUUAUGGACUAUCUGUCGGCUGGUUCCUGUUCGGAUAUUAUGAGAUUUGCAUUUCCACAUGGUUUCGAAGAGAAUGUUAUCGCCACUAUUCUGAGGGAGACGUUGAAGGCGAUCUCCUACUUCCACAAGACCGGUAGAAUCCACCGUGAUAUCAAAGCCGGCAAUAUUAUUAUCGACUCCACCGGAAAUGUGCAGUUGUCCGACUUUGGUGUCAGUGCAACUCUCAUCGACACUGGUGAAACCAGCCGUAACACUUUUGUCGGUACACCUUGCUGGAUGGCACCCGAGGUCAUGGAGCAGGUCUCGUACGACUACGCCGUCGAUAUCUGGUCGUUUGGUAUUACCGCACUCGAGCUGGCCAAAGGACGUGCGCCAUUCUCUGAGUAUCCACCGAUGAAGGUGCUACUCAUGACACUCCAAUCGCCACCUCCACAACUCGAUUCCGACGAGACCAAAGACGAGGAGGACAACUUUGGAUUCACCGGUACCGGUGCCCACAACACUCCAGCGCAGUCACCGCUGCCCACACCCAUCGUCACACCAUCGACAUCGCCCAGUCAAACACCGAACCCAAGCCGAACACCAACACCGACACCCUCUGCCAGUGCCACAUCGAAUGCAUCGUCUGCACUCUCUCAAUCCAAUGGUGUCUCCAACAACAACGGUCUCUCACGAUCGGUUGCCACUGCAUCACACCACCACCAACACCAACAACACCACUCACUGCACGCACAAAACAAUCUCUCUAUUAGUGUUCCAAAUCCCAUGUCUUCAGUAAACAUUAAUAAGUUGACUGAAGAUGUUUCACCGCCUAAAGUAUCGCCAAAACCACCAACAUCACACUCAACAUCGUCGUCGACCUCCACUUUGCCAUCAUUAAUUACAACCUCACCGAAAAUCAGUUCAAUCAAUUCCGUCCCCGAUAUUUCCAGUCAUCCUUCAUCGACGGUCUCACUGACAUCACUGUCCACUUCAAAGCCUCCAUCACCUUCCUCCGAAAAAGAAGUUGGUAUCCUCAACUCCACUGCCAUUCUCACUCGUAGCAGCAGCAACGCAGUCAACAAGAAACCUUCCGACAACUCCAGACAAUCGUCGCGUGCCUCCUCGCUUUCCGACUCGCACUCUGACGGCUCCUACUCAAGCUCCGACGAAUAUGUUUCCUCACAUCGUUACGAGUCAGAGUCGAGCUCCAAGAAGAACAAAGUCCGUAGUCGUCAAAAGAAGGAGAAACACCGUGACAAGGAGAGAGAGAAAGAUAGAGACAGAAAGCGUGAUAGAGACAAGUCAAGAUCAAGAGACAGAAGAGACAGAGAUAGAUAUGUAGAUAGAGAUAGAAGCCGUUCAAGGUCAAGAUCGAGAAGCAAUCACAGCAGUUAUCGUGACCGCGACAGAUCGCGAUCGAGAAGCAGAAGAAGCGAUCGUGACCGGGACAGAGACAGAAGUCGUUCGAGAUCCAGAAGCCGAGAUAGAUCGAGAAGUCGUGAUCGUCACAGAGACAGAUCCAGAACAAGAUCGAGAAGCAGAAGCAGAAGAAGCGAUCGUGACCGUGAUAGAGACAGAAGUCGUUCGAGAUCCAGAAGUCGUGAUCGUGAUCGUUCCAAAUCGAGAAGUCGUGAUCGUUCCAGAUCAACCAGUCGUUCGCGUGACCGUUCCAGAUCCAACGGUCGCAGAAACAAAUCGCGUGAGAGAAACAGAAGUAGAAACAGAAGAAGUCACCGUAAUGACCGUGAGCGUGAUCGUCACGACGACUCGACCGAUUCCGACAAGGAGUACCACAAACUUUCGUCGUCUUCGUCAUCGCUGAAACACAAAUCCAAGAGAAAAUCGACCGACAAGAUUCAAACCAAGCUCGUCAAGGUCAUUUGA